AUGACUGAAGGAGAGCGGGAGAGAGAGAUUGGGCGAGAGAGAGAGAGAGAGAGAGAGAGAGAGAGAGAGAGAGAGAGAGAGAGAGAGAGAGAGAGAGAGAGAGAGAGAGAGAGAGAGAGAGAGAGAGAGAGAGAGAGAGAGAGAGAGAGAGAGAGA